AUGGCAAAAGUAACAGUUGACUGCUGUCAAGGGCGUGGCUUGAAGCGGAAACCUGCUUUGAAGAUUAAACAAAGUAAUGAAAAACCUGAAGAGAAGGGUUUAAAUUGGCAUUUUGGGUCUCGUAGAAGAGUGUCCAGUUUUGAGAGGAAGAACGGAGAAAUAUAUAAAAUACCUGACUUGGCGGCCAAAGGCAAAGUUUCCCUGUCUAAUAUAAAGCGUCCUCAAACUGUGAUUUCUCGUAACAUGCCAAAACCUUUUAGUGCUCAAUCGCAAAUUCGUUCCUCAUCCAAUAGAAUUUCCUCUCUGUCUCGACUCCAGAAGUCAAGUGACACCAUCGUGAUUCCAUGUUGGCGAGCAACAAACUCCCCCAAUUUUACGAAUGCGAAUAGAUUAGCAAGACCUAGUCGAUCCGUCACUGGUGCAUCUAGUGGUUUACGUUCAGAUAAAACUCCAGAGAAAUCACUACAAAGACCGCCCGGUCAUCCCUUUGAAACUGAAUCCAGCCCUAAUGUAUUAGACAAAAAAACCUUUCCUAGAUAUACAUCCAUGAAUAAUGUGGAAUCUAACACCGAAAAAUCUGAAUUAAUUACUCUGUUGGAACCGCAAUCGACCUCCAAAGGUUGGCGAGGAAACACAAAAACACGAAUUGAGAAACUUCCUUUCAAGAAACCUAAACCUGAACCCGAUUUAGAAUCAUCAAAUGUUAACAACCAAGUUGCGCGUCCUCACACUUCUCCUAAAUAUCAUGUUUUUACACGUACUGAAACAAAUAAAUUGCAUCCAGGAACCAUGAAUGCAAACAAACAGAUUGCAAUGAUUUAUAAAGAUAAGUUUGAUCCAGCUUUAUUAGACCGAUUUAGAUUCAGAAACGUAACAACCAAUAAAUACUCCAAUCCCAGCAAUUUCAAAACUAUGAUGUCCCAAGCUUCCUCCGCCUCUCGACCUACAACUUCGAGCUUCGCAAAAACCGCACCCCUUGCCAAAAAGCAAUCAUUUACCAGUAGCGCUGUGGUAAAAGCUCUCGAAAUAAGAAAUAACCUGAAUUUCAUGAAGAAAGCACCUACUUUUUCCCCCGGAGGAAGAAGAGAUUCUUUCGUCGUUCGUCCUGUGACUACCGCUAGGCAUGCGCAAUCGGCAAGUGGUUGGGUUCCGUUUAUCAGACCUCCUUUAGUGUCUACAAAGCCUAAAACAGACAAGGGCUUUCAGAAUCCCGAUACGAAAGAGAAUAUCGACAAAUCGAUCAGUAUUCCAAGACGUCCUCUACGCCAGUGGAAAGAAAAAGCAGAAAAAUGGACGGAUAGUGUGACCAGACGACCUGAACGCGAACCAAGAGGGAGAUAUGACAAACAUUCCAUGAGUUCGUUUAAGCGUAAGGCUAGCGAAAAAUUUGAAGUGCCAAAUACAUCCAAGACGGACAAUGGAGCAGGCAGCGGCAUUGGUGGUAGCAGGGACGGGCGAAAAAAUAUCCCGCUGACCGAAAAGGCAUCAACUUCCCUCAGGAAUGUAGCCUCUCAAGUUUGGUCUUCAUGGCAUGGUUUACGAAGAUCGAUUCAAUCCGGAUACAUAAUAGCUCUGCGUGCGACUUCACCGAUGUUGCGAAUUCCACCUAUGUUACCUGAUCACUUACGAUAUGGAUUACCAAAGGAUGAUUAA